GCAAUUCUGAAGAAGGCUCUCACUUCUUCUUCCUCCGGUUUCUGCCGCCACAACCGCCGAGCUCUCGCCGUCGGUCACCUCCCGCUGGCUCUCUCUCGCUUUUCGUGAAGCGAAUUCCUCUUAAGGAACCACUCUCGCUCACUCGCUAAGGUCGGUUUUUGGUUUAACCUAACUUCAUUUGGUCAGUGAACUUGGUACGAGGAUUUGAUUCUCUUAGAAAUUUCCCCGCGAUUGAAUUGUUUCGGAAAUGAAAGCCACAGUUUCUGAUUCUCUCUUGUUUUGCGACUGCUGCUGAUUUCUUGGAUUUGAUGCUCGUUUGUUAUUUUGGGGUGUUUUUCUUAUUUGCCAUUCUACUCGCUGGUCUUUUUCAGAAUAGUAUGAAGUUGUAGCAGGAGUCCAAUCAGUGCGAGUUGCUGUACGUUCCUAAUGAGCAGUGAGAGACAUAUGAAUCUGAAUCUAAGAAACUCAGGCAAUGGUUUAAGGGGUAAGGAGAAUCAGCUGCCUAGAGUGAAUUGGUCCCAGCAUGCAAAGGCAUACGACAAAUCAUCAGCACCGAGGGAAGUUUUGAGCUCGAGUUUCCUGUAUUCUUUAGAAUCUCAGAAACCUCAAGUUGGAGUAGAAAUGGCUGGAAGGCUAGCCUCUUGUCAAGUUCAAACUGUGCACAGACAGCUCAGUCCACAAGUUGAAAAGGCUUGGCUGGCUCUUUCGAAACUUCAUAUAUCUAGCAGGAGUUACAGUAGACCUGGGAAAACUGGUGUGCUGAAGAAUGUGCAAAGUAGUCAGGGAUAUGCUACUGUUUUGCAGAGCUCAUCUACCGUUCCUAAAUAUAAUGAAGGUGUGGCUGCACAUCAGAACUUUCCUCGACCCAGUGUACCAAGUGGUGAAACUACAGAGCAUACACGGGCAAAUGGUACCAUGCCUUCUGCUCUUUCUGGUCCCUCCAACAAUCACAGUACAAAUAUUGCAGAAGGGUCAGCUGAUUUUAUGGAUGAAGAUGAUUUAUUCCAGAGCAUUGAUGUUGAUCAAAUAGCUACGAAACACUGCCAUUCUAGUUGCACACCUCAACAUUCAGUUUCUAAGUUUCAACCAAUAACUCCCUCCGUGAAUAAAGAUAACAUUACUAGGCCAGAAGACACAUUUCUACCACCUGAGUUAUCGUCAAACUGCAGUCAUGGAGUUCAGCUAGGACUUUGUCCACAUGCAACUACUCAUAGGCAGGAGAUAAAGGACAUGUUGCUCAGCAUAUCAAACGAAUUACUUGAUAACGCAAACCUUCAUCCUGUAGAGAUGGAUAAGCUUCGUCAAGAUAGGUUGAAACUUAAUAGACAGCUCCAGCAACUUGAGGGGUACAUUAAUAAUCAGGAGAGACAAAAAUCAAAUCUUUCUGCAUCCACUACGACAUGCAACCACCCAUAUGAAACACCUCAGAUGUCAGCCUUCAAAAUGCAGCCACAUGAUUAUGUACAGAAUGAAUCGGGUGCAAGAGAGUAUGAAAAUUGGAACUCGUCAUCUCUUCCAUUCACCCCCAUGGAUGGAUUUGGUGUUUCAUAUACUCCCGUAGAGAGGGAGCCUUACAUACCAAAGUUUGUAGAGGUGAACUACAGUGACGGCUCAAAUGACCCAAAGUGGAGCAGUUCGAAUUUCCCCUGGGCAAAAAAACUGGAGGAAAACAACAAGAAAGUUUUUGGAAAUCAUUCUUUUCGCCCCAAUCAAAGGGAAGUCAUUAAUGCCACAAUGAGUGGAUAUGAUGUCUUUGUUCUUAUGCCUACUGGAGGUGGAAAGAGUUUAACAUAUCAGCUUCCUGCUUUGAUCUGUCCAGGGAUAACACUAGUAAUAUCUCCACUCGUUUCACUUAUCCAAGAUCAGAUAAUGCAUCUUUUGCAGGCAAACAUACCUGCUGCUUAUUUGAGUGCCAAUAUGGACUGGUCUGAACAGCAGGAGAUCUUGAGAGAACUUUGCUCUGAUUACUGUAGAUACAAACUGUUAUAUGUCACGCCAGAAAAAGUUGCAAAAAGUGAUGCUCUUUUGCGCAACCUGGAGAGCUUAAAUGCUCGUGGAAUGCUUGCGAGGAUCGUAAUUGAUGAAGCUCAUUGUGUGAGUCAGUGGGGACAUGACUUUAGACCAGAUUACAAGGAACUUGGAAUCCUGAAAAAGAAGUUUGAGAAAACUCCAGUUUUAGCUUUAACUGCUACUGCAACAGCUAGUGUGAAAGAAGAUGUUGUGCAAGCGCUUGGUCUUGUUAAUUGCAUUAUUUUCCGACAAAGUUUCAAUAGACCAAAUCUAUGGUAUGCCGUGAUCCCCAAGACAAAGAAGUGUUUGGAUGACAUUGACACAUUCAUUAAGGAAAACCAUUUUGAUGAAUGUGGAAUUAUAUACUGUCUUUCAAGGAAUGACUGUGAAAAAGUAGCUGAAAAGUUGCAGCAAUGUGGACAUAAAGCGGCAUUUUAUCAUGGUAAUAUGGAGGCUACUCAACGCGCUUUUGUCCAGAGACAGUGGAGCAAAGAUGAAGUUAAUAUAAUUUGUGCCACAGUGGCAUUUGGAAUGGGUAUCAAUAAACCUGACGUUCGCUUUGUGAUUCAUCAUUCUCUCCCAAAAUCCAUUGAAGGUUACCAUCAGGAAUGUGGACGUGCUGGUCGAGAUGGUGCCCGCUCUUCUUGUGUGUUGUAUUACAGCUACAGUGAUUAUAUAAGGGUGAAGCAUAUGCUUGUACAAGGACAGGGAGAGCAAAGUUCCUGGACAUCUGGCUAUAAUCGCGGAAACACGGCAAAUUCAGAUGGGAUAUAUGAGAAAAAUACGGAAAAUCUCCUCCGAAUGGUGAGCUAUUGUGAAAACAACGUUGAUUGUAGACGUUUCCUACAGCUUGUGCAUUUUGGGGAGAAGUUUGAUUCUGGGAACUGCAGGAAAACAUGUGAUAACUGUGCAAAGAUGAAAACCUUGGUGGAGAAGGAUGUCACCGUGAUAGCAAAGCAAUUGGUUGAACUGGUAAAAAUGACGGGACAGAAAUAUUCGUCUUCUCAUAUUCUGGAAGUCUACAGGGGUUCUAUGAGCCAAGUGGUAAAGAAACAUAGACAUGAGUCUGUGAGUCUACAUGGAGCUGGAAAACAUCUGGCAAAAGAAGAGGCUUCUCGUAUAUUGCGCCAUCUUGUUAUUGAGGACUAUCUUACUGAGGAAGUGAAGAAAAGUGAUGUCUAUGGAUCUGUUUCAUCAGUGCUAAAGGUGAAUGCACGUAAAACUUCGGAUUUAUACUCUGGCAAGCAAAUCCUGCUAAGGUUCAUUUCAUCUGCAAAAGCAUCUAAAGCAUCCAAAUCUGAUGCCACUCCAGCAAAAGGAAUAUUGCAGCCUUACAACAAGCUAAGUCCUCCACCAGUCGACACUCCGGCAUCUGCUGCACCUAAAAUCAACGUGGAGCUAUCUACCAAAGUAUACUCUGCUUUACGACUGCUUCGGACUAAGCUCGUUAAAGAAGCUGGCGAGGGGUGUAAUGCAUACCAUAUAUUUGCGAAUGUGACACUCGAGCUAAUAAGCAGAAGCCUUCCCAGAACCAAGGAAGAGCUCUUGGAGGUCAAUGGAAUUGGAAACAUUAAGAUAACAAAGUACGGGGAUCGCGUACUGGAAACCAUAGCCGCCACAAUCAGAGACUUCUACAGCAAGGAUGGAAGUGGGAGCAGUAGCAACAGCACUGAUUCGGGUAAGAGGAGGAGGAACCGUGCUGCUGCUGCUGCUGAAAACGGCGAUGGCUGUGGCAUGGACGACGACGACGAGGAUGACUUCAUCGUGAGAAGCACAGGUCGGUCGAAGAAGAGGUUGGCAAAGAAGCAGCAGCAGCAGCAGGAGAACAUCAACAACAAUGGCGUUGGUGCUUGUAAUGAUAAUGGGAAUGGAUUCACACUUCCUCCCCAGGAAUGCCUGGAUGACGAGGAUCUAGUUUUCUACGAUUCAAGUGGUGAGUUCGAAGCCGCCGAUGUUGCGACGCCUUCGGUUGAUCAGAAGAACAGUGGUGGAAGAGUGUUGCCUUGGAGCAGCAGAAUUUUAGCGAGUCCCUCUCUUUCGUCUUUCCCGCUCUCCUCUGUCCUCUCGCCUGCCCUUUCUUCCUCCGACCGCCGUGGUUUCUUCCCUUCCCGUCCGUCAUUCCUUUUCCUGUCCUUAUGCCGCGCCGGCUCUCUCCUGAAUAAGGGUAUUCUCAUCAAGCUGAAGCUGAACCAGAGCGUAAAGGCUAUUGGGACGAUGAGUUCGGAGGCGCCGCCCAAGACCAAAUCCCCACAAAUUGUUACAUUGAAUCAUGCGUUCAAGUUGGCUGAACAAUGGGUAAGUAGAAUGAGCAGAAGCAGUGACGAUGAACCAGUGGAGGCAGAACAACAAGGACGACCUCUAAAGCUAACGCAGACAGUUGUACUCAGUCUUGGACUUGGAGCUAGGGCUGUUCCGCGGUCGAAUCUUCUACCUACAAAUGAUCCCGCGGCGAGGAGGCUGCAUAACAAGUUGGAAGCUGCGAAGAAAAGAUCUGCUAGAGUAGCUAGUGAGACUGGAGGUGAUGAAAGCGAUGGCAGUGAUGGAGAACUAGAGAGCAGAACCGGUGCAUUCGCCAAGAAGAGAGGUUGGCCCCCAGCUUUACCUUCACAACUAAACACCAAGAAGAAGAAGCAGCAGAAGACAUCCAUAGCCGAAAUCCUAAUUGAGUGGCCAGGCUGCAACAAGAACAUAGUUGAAUGGUAUCGGCAGGCUACAACUUUAUAACGUGUUUGGGGACCGCAGAAAGGCUGGCUAGUGGCUAUACUGACUCACAGGAGCCAAGAAACUCAAGUGGUGCUUUAGGUGGCCAGCAAUUCUGUACGAGUAGACUUCACAAAUCGGGACCAAGGCCCGGUUUGUCCACUUUCUAGAGAGGCCGAACUUUUUGUCUUCCCACUUUUGGGCCCACCUGGGCCCCUCUCCGUUAGUCCUCCCAAAUUAAAAAGCCCAAUUUAAAUGGGCGAGAAUUUCUUGUUCAGAUAUAGACAGGCAGCCGUCGCAGCCCGUCAUUACAUACGUGGUUCUUGUGGCGCCGAUUACAUACAGGAAAGCAACUUCCCCUGCAUCUUCUUUUCUUUCCCGCUUUCAAAUGGAGAAGGAAUCCUCUGCAUCCAACACCAGAGGGAUCUCGAAGAAUCUUGCUGCGGCUUUUCUGCCACGUGGAUAUAUGAUGAGAAAUAGAUUAGAAUUGGGGCUAAAUUACACGUUUGGUCACUCAAAUUACCUAAAAUUUUCACGUUUGCCACCCAAAUUACUUUUCUUUCAUAUUGGCCACUAACUUUACGAUUCGUUUCACCAUUAGUCAUCGGCCGUCAGCCACCGUCAAAUUCUGUUAGCUCCGUCAAAAUUUUGAUGACGUGGCAAACGGAAUUGCUGACUGGGUCGUUAACUUAAUGACAUGUCAAUUUCUUUAAAAAAAUAUUACACGUACACUCUCUCUUCUCCUUCCUCUUUGCACGACCAGCUCCAACAGGAACUAGGUCGCCGACCUCUUGCGUCCAGGUCGCAGAGCAACGAAGGCGUAGAACAGAACGGCGAAAAAUCUGCCGCACUCACCAACUACCAAGUAGCAAUCAAAAGCAAAGUUCCCGGCCACUCUCUCUCCCUCCCUUAUCUCUCCGUCGCACCCCUUCCAUAUCUACGGCCACAAAGGCAGCCACAAAAAGAAAAAGCUGGAAAUCGAACUCGAACCAAAACCCAGAUUAAAACUAGAUCCUAGCCCCAAAUCAAGUUCAGAAAGCAAAUCAAAAUUAUAUAAUAAAAAUUUUAAGAAAAAGGGAGGACAAGAAAAGGGAUAAGUUUGCAUUACAUCGCUGGGCAUUGAAGAAAUUGAGGGCCAUCUUGAGCGCGACGGUGUAAUUGCCCAACUUCCCUUCCGCUCCGUUGCUAGAAUUGGGUCGAUCUCUUCUUUAUAAUGUUGUAUUACAAAGAAAAAGGAGAAGCCAACCAACGGGGAGGGAUGGGCAGAUCUAAUAUGAAAUGGAACUGGGUAAAGGAAGAGGAAGGAUGGAGAAGGAAGAGAGAAGUGGAGAAGGAGGUAGUGAGCCAAUAAUCAGUAGAGCAUAGCAAUAAUAGUAAGGAGUAGCUCUUGCUGGAUACUCGAAUUACUCGCCGUCGCUUGGAUUGGGUUUUUUGUGGCGGUAGAUAAGGAUUUGGAGGAGUGCGACGAAGAGAUAAGGGAGGGAGAGCGAGUAAACGUUGGGGAGUGCGGCAGAUUUUCCGCUGCUCUGUGCCUCCGUUGCUUUAGAGCCUAGACGAAGGAGGUCGGCAGCAGCCUCGUUCCUGUUGGAGCUGAUCGUGAGAAGAGGAAGGAGAAGAGAAAGUGUAGGGCAAAUCUGAGGACAGAAUGAGGUGUAAUUUUUUUAUUUUUUUUCAAUUGACAUGUCAUUAAGUUAACAGUACAGUCAGCAUUUCGUUUGCCAUGUCAUCAAAAUUUUAACGGAGUUAACAGAGUCUGACGGUGACUGACGGCCGGUGACUAAUGGUGAAACAAUUCGUAAAGUUAGUGGCCAAUAUGAAAGAAAAGUAAUUCGGGUGG